GUACAAAGGACGAGGACGUGAUUCAGACCACCUCCUAUUUCGCUCUUCUACUUGCCAUGGAGACCUUCGUUGGACCCUGCAACGAUAUCAUGACUACUCUCUUUGAUGUCUUUCCGAACUGUGCGGGAUCCGUGAACCCACAUGUACUCAACGGACUGGAGUACUAUUGGGAUGCGUCGGGGAUGCGACCAGAGGCACCUUGGGAGAAGCCUGAUUUAGACGAGGUGAGCAAGUUGAAGGAGACGCAGUGGCAGGAAAUAGACGAGGAAGAGGAGUCGAGAGUCCUGGAAUUCCUCGCGUGCCAGGCUGAUCUCGGAGAUUUCGAGUUGAGGCCGUAUGGGCUUGAGAUGGCUGCAUCGCUUGCCAUCAAACAUGGAAGGGAAGAUUUUUCGAGGGUUUUGCUUGAUGCGCUAGCCCGUCGUCUUCGCGACUCGGAUCAUCUUCUCGUGUGGGUUAUGGCCGCCAAAUGGAGGCCUCUAUGUCGCCCUAUCCUCGACGGCGCUAUCGCACGCUGGACAGGUCGCACUGCCGAGAUCGCACAAGAAGAAUCUGACAUAGUCUGUCAGACGUUGCGAGCCUGGCACGAACACAAUCAACAACGCAAAACCCACAGAGUCGCACAACGCCAGACCAUACACGGCCUCUCUUUCCCUCAACUCCUCGAACGUCUCGAAGGACGUAAAUCCGAAGAUCAGACAACGCUUCGCAAGGCUCCUACCUCUCAAUCCGAGAUCCAGGCAACUGAGGAACGUCUUGGAACCCAGCUUCCGGACGAUUACAAGGCAUUUAUGCUCGUUUCAAAUGGUCUCGACUUCAUUCCUAGCAUCAAUAAACCUGGCUUGCGCCCGUUGAGUGAUUUGAAGUGGCAGUCUGCGGAGGAGUUGGGGCUCGACGAAUUCAGAAUAGAGCUCGGAGAGGGGCUGGAUCCUGCGGAGGUGGAGAAGAUGCCGAGGAUGGGACGGUUGCUAAUGGUUUCUGCUGAAGACGACGAGGAGAUGUUGUGCUUGGUUGAACCGGUGCAGAUGGAUGCUGCUAAGAAGGGGUUGAACAGGGAACGUGGGCAGACGGAGAAAGACAAUACAUUUGGACAAUGGGGAUUAUUCUUUUGGGUGAACUGGAUGCCAAAUAUGUUGUGGCAUAGCAACUUCAGAGCGUAUUUGGAAUCGCUGGUUGCUUGAUCAUCCUGCAUGGCGCCCCUUUCUGUCCUGUUUCCAUCCACUCGAACGCGAAUUGUCAUGAGUGUGCUCGAUCUGCUGACCUAGGUUUGUGAUUAUGUAUUCCCG